GUAUCUUUAACACGUACAGUAGCAACGGAGAUCAAUCUAUCAUUAUGUUUUAGUCUCGAUUACUGACAGAUUAAGGCGAACACCAUGCAUGUGGACGUAGUGACACUGACUUCUGUCAUUCUUUGCUUUCCUUUGCUCGUAUUAUCUGACCCACUAUAUGUGCUGUCGGCUCCUAACCUACUGGGAGUGGGUUCAUCUGCAAAAGUGUUAGUGGAGGCGCAGGAUUACACUGGAGGAAGCCUGCACGUGAAGAUCUCUGUCAAAAACCACCCGAAGAAAAACCUGGAGAUCCUGUCAAAAACAGUGACACUGACCGCGCAAAACAGUUUCCAGAUCCUCACAGAUAUAAAGAUCCGCGAUGAUCAGAAAUUCUUCUCUGAUGACCCUCUGGAGAAGCAGUAUGUGUAUCUGCAAGCUAUUUUCCCGACUCACACCCUGGAGAAAGUGGUCUUGCUGUCGUUCCAGUCUGGAUAUUUGUUUGUACAGUCGGACAAGCCCAUCUACACGCCUGGUAGCACGGUGAAUUACAGGAUCUUCUCUUUAACCCCGGAUCAUCUUCCGUUUGAUGGAGCUUCGAUCUCCGUUGAUAUUAUGAAUCCUCAAGGCAUCACACUGGAAAGGGAUAAAUUCAUGCCAAGAGGAGGCAUCGGGACUGAAAACUUUGCCUUGACUGAACUUGCCAGUUCUGGGGUUUGGAAGUUGAUCGCCAGAUACACAAACACCCCGCAGAAAAACUUCACCACCGAGUUUGAGGUUAAGGAAUACGUGCUGCCCAGCUUUGAAGUCAACUUGCAUCCAAGCAAACCUUUCUUCUAUGUGAACCAAGGAUCUCUGACUGUGGACAUAUCAGCCAAGUAUUUGUUUGGUAAUAAGGUGCGAGGAAGUGCAUUUGUGGUGUUUGGAUUGGUGGACGGUGAGAAGAAAAUCAGCAUAGCAGCUUCACUGCAGAGAGUUCAGAUCUAUGAUGGAGAAGGAGAAGCCGAGCUGACGGAUGAAAUGAUCAAGCAAACCUUCCCAGAAAUCCAGGAGCUGGUGGGAAAAUCCAUCUACAUUUUAGCCAGUGUUUUAACAGAGUCUGGCAGUGAAAUGGUGGAUGCGGAAAAGAAAGGCAUUCGGAUUGUGACGUCUCCAUACUCCAUCUAUUUCAAACGAACACCGCAAUUCUUCAAACCUGGGAUGUCCUUCGAUGUCUCGGUCUACGUAACAAAUCCUGAUGGGACUCCUGCUCAAAACGUGGAGGUGGAGCUCAAUCCUGGAGGGGUUAGAGGUCAGACAAAACCCAACGGCAUCACUAAAGUGACCAUCAACACACUGGGAGGAUCUUCUACAUUGGAGAUCACUGCGAAUACUAAAGAUCCGCAGUUAAGCGCUGACCAGCAGGCAGUGAAGAAGAUGACUGCUCGAGCCUACAAACCCAAAGGUGCCAACAAUUACCUGCACAUCGGCAUCGACGCCGCAGAGCUUGAGAUUGGGGAUCAGAUGAAGGUCAAUCUGAACCUGGGAAAUGGUGCUGGAGUGGUAAACCAGGAUUUCACAUAUAUGAUCAUGAGUAAAGGUCAGAUUGUUCAAGCAAACCGGUUUAAGAGACAAGGACAAGCUCUAGUCACUCUGUCUUUACCUGUGACCAAAGAAAUGGUGCCGUCCUUCCGCUUUGUGGCUUAUUACCAUGUGGGCUCGUCUGAGGUGGUGUCUGAUUCAGUCUGGGUCGAUGUGAAGGAUACGUGCAUGGGAAAGCUCAAAGUGGAGGUGAAGGACCCGAUGCUGUUUGGCCCAGGAGAUCAGCUCAGCUUGAAGAUCACCGGAGAUCCUGGAGCUAAAGUUGGCCUGGUGGCAGUAGACAAGGGCGUAUAUGUCCUCAAUGACAAACACAGACUCACUCAGACUAAGAUCUGGGAUGUGGUUGAAAAGCACGAUACCGGCUGCACCGCUGGAAGUGGACAGGACAGUAUGGGGGUUUUCAGAGAUGCCGGACUCUUGUUUGAGUCACACACCGCAGGAGGAACCAAAACGAGAACGGAAAAAGAGUGCCCCACCCCGCUUAAGAGAAAAAGGAGAGCUGGGAGUAUCCAUCAGGUCACCAGGACACUGGCUGGUCAGUACUCGGAUCAUGAACUGAAGAAGUGCUGUGUGGACGGGAUGGUGGAGAACACGCUUGGCUACACGUGUGAGCGAAGAGCCACGUUCAUCACUGACAGUCAAGAGUGUAUUGAGGCGUUUGUGCACUGCUGCAAGCUGAUCACAGAACACCGGGUCAAAUACAAUGCUGAAAAAGAGCUCUUUCUGUCCCGCAGUGAGGAUGAUGACUUUGAUGAGGACAUGGAUGAUCUGAUUGUACGCACGCAGUUUCCUGAAAGCUGGCUCUGGGAGGAGAUCACUCUACCAGCCUGCCUACCAAACCAGCAGUGCACUGAAACGUCUACUUUACGAACUGGAAUCUUCCUGAAGGACUCCAUCACGACCUGGCAGAUCUCAGCCAUCGGCCUGUCCAAAACCCUUGGAAUAUGUGUGGCAAAUCCUUAUGACAUCGUGGUCAAGAAGGAUUUUUUCAUCGAUCUGAAGAUGCCUUAUUCAGUGGUGCGCAAUGAACAAGUGGAAAUAAAGGCUAUUAUUCACAAUUACAGCAAUCAGAAGCUGCAGCAGGUAAAUGUUAGGUUUAAGACAUCGGAGGGCAUCUGCAGCAGCGCUGGCAAAAAAAAGAUCGGCAGGCUGAGGGUUUCUGUUGACCUCAUGUCCUCCAGAGCCGUUCCUCUUAUUAUUAUUCCCAUGGAUGUGGAUGAGCAAUGGAUCGAAGUUGAAGCUUACAGCUCCAAUCGCAAUGACGCAAUAAGAAAGAGCCUGAAGGUGGUGCCUGAGGGAGUGCUAACCGAAGUCAAGGAGAACAUUAUUGAGAUCAACCCUUCAAAGCACCCAGAUGGCAAGCAGAUCAUCGCAAUGAGGAGCGACAUUCCACGCCGAAAAGUUCCCAACACACCUGCUUCCACACUGAUCUCAGUGAUUGGUGAAGAGAUUACACGCACAGUCGAGCAGGCCAUCAGCGGACAUUUCAUGGGUGAACUCAUUGUCCUUCCUCACGGAUGUGGAGAGCAGAACAUGAUCUUAAUGACUUUACCAGUCAUCGCCACUCAUUAUCUGGACAACACCAAACAGUGGGAGUCUGUGGGCAUCGACCGCCGAAAUGAAGCCAUUGGCCAUAUCAAAACUGGUUAUCAGCAGCAGCUGGUCUACCGUAAUCCUGAGGGAUCAUAUGCUGUCUGGGCCAAUAAACCAGGAUCAACAUGGUUGACUGCGUAUGUGGCGAAGGUGUUUGCGAUGGCCAAUGACCUGAUCACCGUUGAGGAGAAAGUGAUCUGCGAUGGCCUCAGGUGGUUGGCCACACAGAAACAGCGGGCAGACGGCACGUUUAAAGAAGACGUCGCUGUGUACCACAGCGAGAUGAUCGGUAAUGUGCGAGAGGAUGCGGACGCCUCUCUGACUGCAUUUGUCCUGAUCGCCAUGCAGGAAGGAAGUCAGAUCUGUGCUAAAUCUGUUCAAAAUCUUCAGAGCAGUAUGAAUAAAGCCGUGCGUUACCUGACGCUCAGAAUUCACACUCUCACCAGCCCUUAUGCUGUCGCUAUCAGCUCCUACGCUUUGGCCCAUGCUGGAAAACUGAAUAAAGUCAUUCUGAGGAGCCACUCCACUGAAAGCAAAGAUGGUGUGUAUUGGCAAGUUCCUGGAUCACAGCAUCACUCUCUGGAGGCCACUGGUUACGCAGCGCUUGCACUGGUGGCAGCCAAAGAUUUCGAGAGCGCCGGGCAGGUGGUGCGCUGGCUGGGAAAGCAACAAACUCGCUAUGGAGGCUAUGGCACUACUCAGGCCACCAUCAUUGUCUUCCAAGCCGUGGCUGAGUAUCGCAUUCAGGUCAAGAAGGAAGACAUUUUUCUGAACCUAGACCUCGCUGUGCAGGAGAGAGCCGAGAAAACCAAGAUCUCCAUAAGACAGUCUAAUCUGCCAGUUGCACGCACAGACAAGUUCGACAUUACGAAGAGCUUCAACAUCACAGCUCAGGGGUCUGGGGUGGCCAUGUUGUCGGUCUUUUCUGUGUAUUAUGCUCUGCCUGAAGAGAACGAAAACGACUGUACUGCAUUUGACCUCAGCGUGCAGAUGGAGAAACAGCCUGGUGGAGUCCCUGAAACUUACGAGCUCACCAUCGAGUAUAUUUUCAAGGACCAAAAAAGAAGCUCAACCAUGACAAUUUUGGACAUCAGCCUGCUGACGGGGUUUAAAGUGGAUGAACGUGACCUUAUAAAGUUAUCCGCUGGCAAGGACCGCUACAUUCAGAGCUUUGAGCUGAACAAGGAGCUGUCAGAGCGAGGAUCUCUUAUCAUCUACAUUGAUCGGGUUUCUAAUAAAGAGAAGGAAAGGCUUGUCUUCAGGAUGCAGAAGAUUAAUGAAGUGGGAAUGUUGCAGCCGGUCGGCAUUACUAUAUAUGAAUACAACACUCCAGAUAAGCGCUGUGUGAAGUUCUACCAUCCUUAUAAGACAGGCGGUGCGCUGAACAGACUGUGCAGUGAUGAGCUGUGCCAGUGUGCUGAAGAGAAGUGCAGUUUGCAAAGGAAUGAACACAUCGACGAGGACCAGCGGGAUGAAAAGGCCUGUGAAAAUCAAGUGGAGUACGUCUAUAAAACCAGGGUGGUGGACACGAGCUUCUCUCUGCACGCAGACACUUAUAGCAUGAACAUUGAGCAUGUGCUGAAGGAAGGCACCGAUCACGAUGCGUUUGGGAAAAUGAGAUCGUUCUUGGCUCAUCCAAACUGUAGAGAGUUCCUGAAACUUGAAAAGGGCAAGACGUACCUGAUCAUGGGCCAGACCAAAACCCUUCCCAGGAUUGGCGGAAAGCUGCGGUACCACUUGGGUGAAGACACUUGGAUUGAAUACUGGCCGACAGAAACGGAGGGCCAGACGCAACAGUAUCGGAAAAAGUAUAUUGCCAUUUCCUCACUCGCCAACAAGCUUGAACGAGUUGGCUGCUCCACAUAAACCUGUUUCUGAGCUGAAAUGAGUUUGUUAAUCUAUAACCGCAUUACAGCCAUGUCUUUGCUUUUAAUUCUAAUAUAUUUCUGGCUUCGUUAGCAUUUGUGGGCAUUUAGUACAUUCAGUUUGCUCAGUUAAAUUGGUUUCAUCCUUUUAUCAUGUUCUAGAAAUCAUGUUAGAUUUUGAGUUGUUGGAAAUAUUAUUUAAAUUUAAUGUCGUGAAUAAGCAUAAAACAGUUUGGACACUCUGUUUUGUGAAAGAAGCAGGCUGAAUGUCCAUAAAGUUUGUGAUGUUCAAUUUGGCCAGCUAACUUCAUGGUUGAAGGUAUAUAAUUAAUUUCAAGUACAGUGUAGUUUACAUCAGUUUAACACCAAUAGCCAUUACUGUGUUUUCAUUUACACUUAUGCAUUUGGCAGAUGCUUUUAUCCAAAGUCAUUGUAAGUGUGGUGAUGGCAUAGUUUUUUCAUUCACAACAUUAGUAUCAAACCUAAAUUUUGGACGUAAUUCAAGGGUUAACCUAGUGCCUGUCAACUGAAAUGUAAUCAUGUGAAACCACUAGUCAAAUAAAAGUUGCAACAUAAUA